AUGGAGGUGGUAGAAGAGUUCCUCUCCCUUCGCCGUCAGGGAGAUGGCGAGAAAGCCUAUGAAAUGCUUGCACCUGGAGCGGCAAUGGGAUGCCCUUGGGGGGGAAUGCAUCACGGGGAAAACGUACAGGGCCUGCUGAAAGAUGAAUCUCGGUUCGUCAAGAAAGGUUAUCUCGAUCCAGUACCAAUUGAGAAAAUUGAUGAAAACACCUUUCAGCGAAAGUUUCAGUGGGACCGUGGGAUGUAUGAGUAUGGAAAUUGUGGAUAUAAAGGUAUAGGAAUUCUUCCGACGUGGCGAGAGGUUUAUUUUGUGAGUAAUGGGAAGAUUCGUUUGGUUACGGCAAAUAAGCAACCAAGGAACAAGUCUAUUUGGCAUGCUUUAGGGUUAUCGAGCUUUUUAUGA